AUGAAAUUUAGCUAUUAAAAUGAUGUAAAAUACAACUACAAAUUAUUUGAAAGUUAAAUUAAUCAGAAUUAAUGGUGCGGAGCCGUGGCAAUUAAUUAAAAAAAUAAUUUUGUAUUAUUAGACUAUAAUAUGCUAUAAGAAGAUUCGCAUUUAAAAAUGGAGUUCUUCAUAAAGCAAAUUUUAUCAUAAACCAUUCGGAUGAUGUGCCUUCUUUUUAAAUAUACUAACCAAAUAAUCACAUAUUAUAUCAGGAUCUAAUAAUGCAAAAAUUGUGAUUGCAGAUACUAAUUUGAUGGCUAAUCCAAAGUAUUUUUUUUUUGAAAAAAUUAAAAGGACACACUGAUCGCAUUCAUUGGAUAGUAAUUUCUCCUGUUAAUGUAUCAAGUAGUAAGGAUUGCACAAUCAAGUUCUGGAAUAUUUCAAAUUAUAAAUUAAAGAAUUAUUGUUAUUAGACUUUUAAAGCUCAUAAAAAGCCAGUUUUAAAAUUAUCAAUGAAUAAAUAAGGUAAUUAACUAUUAUCUCUUGGAAUUGAUAAAAUAAUUUUAAUAAUGAUACAACAAGAAUCGUUUUGGAUUAUAUAAUAGAAGAUAUUACUAGAUUAAGAAGGACCAAAGGUUUAUUUUUUAACAGAUGAAAUAUUCAUUUUUUAACUUAAGUAUUUUUUCCCAAUCAAUAAAAAACUUUAAAUAUUUUAAUCUUCAUGUUAUAUUAAUUAAAAAAGGAUAUAAUUAUUAGUGAUUGAUUUUCAAGUUGCAUUGGUUCAUUUCCUUGUUUUUAUAAUGAUUUAAGCUCACUUCUUAUUCUUCAAAAUGGAUGUUCUCUUAAGAUGA